AGGCUUCACCUUCUGCCUCGGGAACUUAUUAAAGGAUUACAGCUGAAAAAGACAAGAGAAAGAAAACCUUGAACAGGAAGCUUAUCCUACAAUGAGAAUUACAAGUACAUCUUGUAUCUGCCCAGUCCUAGUUUGUCUCUGUUUUGUGCAGAGGUGUUAUGGAGCUGCUCAUCAUGGCUCCAUCAAGGUGACUAGAAAUCAAACCAAACACAUAGAAGGCGAAACAGAAGUACAUCAUCGUCCCAAGCGUGGAUGGGUGUGGAAUCAGUUCUUUGUUUUAGAAGAACACAUGGGACCAGAUCCUCAGUAUGUAGGAAAGCUUCACUCCAAUUCCGACAAAGGUGAUGGAUCAGUCAAAUACAUUCUUACUGGUGAAGGGGCGGGGACUAUAUUUAUUAUUGAUGACACAACUGGAGACAUCCAUUCAACCAAAAGCCUGGAUCGAGAGCAGAAGACACACUAUGUGCUUCAUGCCCAAGCUAUUGACAGACGGACAAACAAGCCACUUGAGCCUGAAUCUGAAUUUAUUAUCAAAGUCCAGGAUAUCAACGACAACGCACCAAAAUUUACAGAUGGACCAUACAUUGUUACUGUGCCAGAGAUGUCUGAAAUGGGUACCUCUGUUCUGCAGGUGACAGCCACAGAUGCAGAUGACCCUACAUAUGGAAACAGCGCCAGAGUAGUUUACAGUAUUCUUCAGGGACAGCCAUAUUUCUCUGUUGACCCUAAAACAG